CAUCUGCUUCGAUUAACACCGGCGAUCCAGAGAUGAUAGGGGACAUAGAGAAGAUGAUCGCGGUGGGCUUAGUAUGGGGCUCCACCAACGCUAUAAUGCGCCGUGGCGCACUCAUCUGGGACCGAAAAGUCAGAUCUUCUUCAACGCAAACAACCAAACCCUCUACACUCCACCAACGACUGCUCGCCACCUACAAAAACUGGCUCAAUCUCCUCCUGACGUGGCAAUACUCCAUCCCUUUCUUGAUAAAUUUAUCGGCCUCAGCUACUUUCUUUGCCAUCUUAAGCGACACCCCCAUAUCACUGGCGGUUCCGGUGACUAAUGCGACGACGUUUGCGGCCACUGCGGUGUCGGCCAUGCUCUUGGGCGAAGAGACUCGAGUGUGGUUGGCUUUGUUGGUUGAAUCCAACACAAGUUGAAGAUCAUCGCCAUUUCCCAGAAUUGAGGAAUGGCUAGCACCCCAGUUGAAAUACAUGCUCUUGGAAAACUUGGCGUCAACGAAGCUUUGUUCAAAUGCAACUGCAGUGACUAAUAGAGCUACAAACAAAACUUGAAAACUCCCCAUUGCUGCCCCAAGGGACACUUCUCUUUCUCUGCUUUAUCAACUCUAUGAAGGUGAAGUGGGAUACUUUGUUCUUGGUUUGUGAUGGCUUUAUAUAGCUUAUGAUCACCACAUACACCUUACUAAGAUGAAUUCUGAUUGAUUUUCCUUUUUGCUCAGAAUAUAUUGACCUUGUCAUGGCUUUUGACAUUUCCCACAUUAUUAUUUGAAAAGAUAAGAGGACUUAAUAUCA